CCGCCCGCCGCCUUGUCGAAAAGCUCCGAGGUCCCGCUGAAGAUCAGCUCACUGAUCAUAACUUCCAUACUUGACCAGUCUGCAUCAUGUCUCAACCCGACCCCCUAAGCUGGACUCUGCUCUUCAAGAAGCACAAGACCACCGUGCUUCUGAUGCUCCCGCCAUCGGAGUCGAUCGCCACUACGAAAGAAGCGCUUCUCAAGGCCCUCAAGUCCCGCGAGAUUCGCGAAAUCAACGGUGACUCGGUUCCAGAAGAUCCAUCUCAGAUUGAGUUCGGCGUUGCGGUGGAUAAGAAUGAUCUAGAGAAGGGCUGGACAAGACUGGAGGCCGAGGUGCCUGCGUUCGAUGAUGACAAUGCUCCUAAACGUGGAGCUGCGAAGAAAGGUUCUGGCGCUCUCACGCUGCAAGCGGCUGAGAUAAAGAAUGGGCAGCCUAUUGCUUUCAGAUUCCGGAAGCCUAGAGAGGACUCGGAGAAGGGUGAGGACGUGAUUGACCUGGAGCUGGAUGAUCCUGGUUGGGAUGUGAUUGUUCCGAGCUUUGAUGAUGAAGAGGAGGAGGUUAACUGAGCUCAUCCUUGUAAAAAUGCUUCUUUAGAUGGUGUUCAGAAACACUUUCAUGGGUUGGCGCAUGGUUGAUACGGGGCUCAUAUCGGCGGCGUUUACGUUUCUUUUAGUGACAAUACUUGGGCAGAAUACAAUGAUGUGGCAGUCAAGAAUUU